CAAUAUGGCCGUCAGAGUUAUUUUGUGUUUUGUUGAAAGAUUGUAGCUGGACUGAAUAAUCAUCGUCGCACUUCGAUAUACAGAAGAAGUACAUAGUGAUAAUCGCUUCAAAUUUAUACUAAAAAAAAAGAGAAAAUAAAUAAAUAAAAAGGACGAUAUUCAUGAAGAUUUUUCUUAGAAAGUAUAAAUAAAUUUUGUGAUUUCUGAUAAGCGAAAUUGUGACGCCUGGAAAAUUUAUAGCCCAGUUUUCAAAUUCAAUUUUAAAAUAUAAUUCUCAAUUUUUUAAAGAGUGCGCUUGCGAACGCUUCAUAAUAAAAAAAAAAAACACCGAAGAUAUUGAAAAUAAAUUUCGAAAAAUGGCAUCGACUCCACGAGGAAAUGCUGCGCAACGACCAAAUGGAUCGGCACAAGGAAAGAUCUGUCAGUUUAAAUUGGUUCUUUUGGGUGAAUCAGCUGUAGGAAAAUCAUCAUUGGUACUGCGAUUCGUCAAGGGUCAAUUCCAUGAGUUCCAAGAAAGUACAAUAGGAGCAGCAUUCUUGACUCAAACUGUUUGUAUGGAAGACACAGCCGUCAAAUUCGAAAUAUGGGAUACGGCUGGUCAAGAAAGAUAUCACAGCUUAGCUCCGAUGUAUUAUCGAGGAGCUCAGGCAGCUAUCGUUGUCUAUGAUAUUCAAAAUCAGGAUAGUUUUCAACGUGCUAAGACUUGGGUGAAAGAACUUCAACGACAGGCUUCACCAAACAUCGUGAUUGCUUUGGCCGGUAAUAAAGCUGAUUUGACAAACAGCCGCGUUGUAGAGUUUGAAGAAGCUAAACAAUAUGCUGAAGAAAAUGGAUUACUAUUUAUGGAAACAUCAGCCAAAACUGCAAUGAAUGUUAACGAUAUUUUUUUGGCAAUCGCUAAAAAAUUGCCAAAGAAUGAGGGUGCCGGAAGUCAAGGAAACGGCCAAGGUAGAAGGCUAAAUGAAAAUGAACAAAACCGACAACCAAACUCCUCAAUAAAUUGUUGUAAGUGAUGUUAUGGUAAAGAUUUCACUGGCGAUAGCUUGUUGAUUAUACAUAAAAUAUAUUAAAUGUAAUUGAUUUACACAGAACAAGUGGGCUGGACAAAAAAAAUAAACAGCGAAAAUUUAUAAAUAUUCAUAUA